AUUUUCAAUAUUAAAUCUUCAUUUUUCAUUGUAAUUUUGGUCCAUUAUCAUCAAAUCAUUUGUUUUUCCGACCGACCAUUGAUAAAAAGGUUUCGUUCCGUAAUUUUCAUUCGAAAUUUCAAUGACAACUUAAUUAAGCGACAAAUUCAUCAUCAACAAUCAUCAAUAUCCAUGCUAUUUCAUUUCAGUUUGUUUUGACAAUAACCAGAAAGAAAGAAAACAAUUUCAUUGCCAUUUUCAUUUCAAAAAAAAAAACAUUGUGGUCCAAUAAAAAAAACGGAUGAUGGUGAUGAUGAUGAUGAUGAUCGGUAUGAGGAAGAAGUAUGAACAUAAAUUUACGAUGAUUACAUGCACUAAUAGGAAGUGAAUGAUCAGUGAAAUUUGAAAAAAAAGGAAAAAACGAGGAUCAACAUAUGUUUUUUUGUUGUUGUUGUUGUUGUCAUUUUGAACGUAUACGUUUUAUACGAAAAAAAAUUAAUUGUAAUUUCAUAUGAUGAUGUUUCCAUUGAAUUGUGUAUGAUGCGUUUGUUUGUGUUCGAAUAGAUUUUGAUUCAGUUGGUUUUUUUUUCUGCAAAUAAAAACCCCAAGCAAUGAAAUUCAUCAUCAAUUCAACAAUAAUAAUCAUUUGUUAUUAUCCGAAGAUUCGAUAGUAAAUAAAUAAAAUGAUGAUGAUGAUGUCGAUUAUUCAUAAAAAAUCAAAAAUCAAUUUGAUCAUUAUCAUUUCAUUAUUAUUAUGUAAAAUAUCAUUAUCGUUACAGGCAUCACCAUCGAUUGUUACAUUUUCAAUGUUGAAUAAUAAUAAAAAUGAUUUAAAUUAUUCAAAUUCGAAUAAUCAUGAUAAACAAUUAUUGUAUCCAUUACGAAGUUUUUCCAUUUCAUUAUCAUCAUAUUCACCACCUGGUUCUAUUUCUUCUUCCUCAUCAUCAUCAUCAUCAUCAUCAUCAACAACAAAUCAAUCAUCAUCGAAAUUUUUAGCAGCAUUAAAAUCACCUAAAUCAUCGGGUAAAAGACCAAAAAAUAAGACAUCUACCACGAACACCAACGCACAUCAUCAUCAUCAUGGACAAUCGACAAUAAAAAUGAGCGGAAAUAAAGUUAGCAUACGUUUUAAUAAAUAUCAUAAUUAUGAUGAUAUGACAAGAUUAUUGAAACAUGUGGCUAAAAAACAUUCGAAUCUUACACGUUUAUAUUCGAUUGGUCGAUCCAAACAAGGCCGUGAAUUAUGGGUAAUGCAUUUGACUGACGAUUCUGAUGAUGGUGAAACCGUAACAAUAAAACCGAAUGUAAAAUAUGUUGCAAAUAUGCAUGGCAAUGAAGCUGUUGGGCGUGAAAUGCUUCUACAUUUAAUCGCAUAUCUGGUCAAUUUUUCAAAUCGUAGUGCAAAUGUACGAAAAUUAUUGCGACAUACAAAUAUUCAUAUAAUGCCAUCAAUGAAUCCGGAUGGAUUUGAAAUCGCACAUGAAGGCCGUUGUGAAGGUCCAGGUAGACGUAAUGCAAAUGGAAUCGAUUUAAAUCGUAAUUUUCCUGAUCGAAUAUUCAUUAAUCGUACUGAAAGUGAACAACCGGAAACGGUGGCAAUUAGGCAAUGGUUAAAUCGAAUACAAUUCAUAUUAUCAGCAAAUAUUCAUGGUGGUGCAUUAGUCGUCAAUUAUCCAUUUGAUGGUAGUCCAGUUAUGGAAUCGGAACAUUUGGAAAAAACACCCGAUCAUGAUGUAUUUAUUCAUCUGGCAAAAACAUAUGCACAACGUCAUCGUAAACUUAAAUCACAAAUUAAAUGUCGAAAAGAUGAUAAUUUUAUCAAUGGAAUUACCAACGGUAAUGCAUGGUAUCCAGUACAAGGAAGCAUGCAAGAUUAUAAUUACAUCUAUGCUGGCUGUAUGGAGUUGACACUUGAAAUUUCUUGUUGUAAAUAUCCAAAUGCAACAAACCUGUUAACACAUUGGAAUGAAAAUAAGAUACCAAUGUUAGCAUUAUUAAAUGAAGCAAAUAAAGGUGUUAAAGGUAUAAUCAAAGAUUAUAUAACCGAAACACCGAUUGCUAAAGCUAAUCUAACAAUAUUGGGCCGUGAUGUUCAAUUUAACAGUGAUCUACGAGGACAAUUUUGGCGUCUUCUAUUACCCGGUGAUUAUGUUAUCAUUGUCAGAGCAGCUGGUUAUUCACGAUUACAGAAACAAUUUACAGUUAUGGCAAAUAAAAUUACCGUUAUGGAAUUAUAUUUAACACCAAUCAAACGUUUGGCAAAACAAUUUGAUUCAUCAUCAUCAUCAAAUUCAAAUACAAAUUAUCAUUAUAGAUGGAAAAAAAUUGACCAACAACCAUCGAUUCAUAGUGAAUCAUCAUCAACAUUUGGACAAAGAUUAAUGUUAAUCAACAAAAACAACGAUAAUAAUAAUCCACCGACAAAUCGAUUUGUACCAAUAUCGACAACAAAAAUCUAUCUGCCAAUCAUUUUGAUUUUAACCAUUUUUGGCCAUUAUCAAUGA